AUCACAUGAUCUCGUAGAAACAUGAAACUUGACGAUGCGCUCCAGCGAGUUUUACUUCCCCUACGCAGGGGUGUUUGCCAGCAGCCUGCAGUUGCUCUCAGAAGUUAGUUCCAGAGGCUUGAGUCCUUGAGCCCAAAGCCUUAUCAUGCAGCUCCCCAGGAAGGCCAGGAGCUGCUGACAUUCCCUUGGAGAGCGACCCACAUCUCCUCUCACGAAAAAUGGACAAGCUGAAUAAGAUAACUGUCCCCGCCAGCCAGAAGCUGAGACAGCUUCAAAAGAUGGUCCAUGAUAUUAAGAACAAUGAAGGUGGAAUAAUGGAUAAAAUAAAAAAGCUAAAAGUCAAAGGACCUCCAAGUGUUCCUCGAAGGGACUAUGCAUUAGACAGCCCUGCGGAGGAAGAGGAGCGGUGGUCAGACGACUUUGAUAGUGACUAUGAAAAUCCAGAUGAACAUUCGGACUCCGAGAUGUACGUGAUGCCUGCGGAGGAGACCGGCGACGAUUCCUAUGAGCCGCCACCCGCUGAGCAACAGACCAGGGUGGUUCAUCCAGCCCUGCCCUUCACCAGGGGCGAGUAUGUAGAUAAUCGAUCCAGCCAGCGGCACUCUCCACCCUUCAGCAAGACACUCCCCAGUAAGCCUUGCUGGCCCUCAGCAAAAACAAGACUGGCCUCCACUCUGCCAGCUCCCAACUCUCUGCAGAAGCCUCACGUUCCCCCCAAGCCCAAAGACCUCCUUGAGGAUGAGGCUGAUUAUGUGGUCCCUGUGGAGGAUAAUGAUGAAAACUAUAUCCAUCCCAGAGAAAGCAGCCCGCUGCCUGCAGAGAAAGCUCCCAUGGUGAACAGAUCAACAAAGCCAAACGGCUCCUCAAAGUCAAUGUCACCUUCAGGGAAUGUCACAGGUCGAAACAGUGGGGUCUGGGACUCCAAGUCAUCUUUGCCUGCUGCGCCAUCCCCGCUGCCACGAGCUGGGAAGAAAACAGCUCCACCACUGAAGACAACUCCAGUUGCCUCUCCACCGAAUGCAUCAAAUAUCUGUGAAGACAAGCCUGUCCCUGCUGAACGCCACCGAGGGUCUAGUCACAGACAAGACACCGUACAGUCACCAGUGUUUCCUCCUACCCAGAAACCCAUCCAUCAAAAGCCUGUUCCUCUGCCACGGUUUCCAGAAGCGGGAAGCCCAGGUGUAGAUGGACCAUUAUGUAGCUUGUCAUCUAAUUCCACUUUUGCAGACCAGGAGGCCGAACUUCACGGGAAGCCCUGGUAUGCUGGUGCCUGUGACCGCAAGUCUGCUGAAGAGGCCCUGCACAGAUCCAACAAGGACGGAUCAUUUCUUAUUCGGAAAAGCUCUGGCCAUGAUUCUAAGCAGCCAUAUACACUAGUUGCAUUCUUUAAUAAGCGAGUAUAUAAUAUUCCUGUACGGUUCAUUGAAGCAACCAAACAAUAUGCUUUGGGAAAGAAGAAAAAUGGUGAAGAGUACUUCGGAAGUGUUGUGGACAUCGUCAAGAACCAUCAGCACAACCCCCUGGUUCUCAUUGACAGUCAGAAUAACACAAAGGAUUCUACAAGACUGAAAUAUGCUGUGAAAGUUUCAUAAAGAAAGAGACAUCAAUGCCACUGUUCUUGACAUUUCCCCCAUUUAUUCUUUUGGGAAAACUUCCUGUUCUGGAUACGAAUCAUCAGCAGUAACAGAGAAGAUGAAUGAAGCCACUGACGUGGUGAACUUCAUAAGAUGCUCACAUGAACUUUUCUAGUGCCUGACCUGAUGAAGUAAUAGCUGGGAAGUUCAGUUAUUAUGCUACUAAUAUUCUCCAAAUAAAUGUAUUUAAAAGGA